AAUUGCAGGAUCCAAUUCCUUAUUGGACUUUUACCAAUUAAUUUCGAGCAAGUCGAACGGGCCAUGAACUGAAAUCAGAUUAAGGAGUAAAGCUUCGUCGGAAAUGGAACAACGACUUGACGGUCUCCGACCAGUUUCGUCGAUCGUCAUUCAGUCUUAUUCGCACUGGUUACUGCUCCCAAUUCUGUAGCGUUUCACAUCCUCAAAAGCAGAAACCGAAUUUAGAGCUGAAAUGGAGGAAUCGAAAGCGGCGGCGUACUACGAGGAGCUCACUCGUAAAGGAGAAGGAGCGGCAAGGUUCAAACGAGGCCUUGGUUUUUCCUCCUCCGACUCCAAUACUGACGUGGUCUCCGCGUCCAAGGGCUCCGCUCUGCCUUCGUCGUCGUCCUUUCUCAGUUCUUUUGUUAAAGCCUCAAGCCCUUCCAAGGCCUCCGAGUUUGAGAAGCAAGCGCAGCUGGAGGCCAUUCAGAACAAGCUCAAGAAGAAGAAACCAAGCUCUCCCGAUGUGGAUGAGAGGCGCCCUAGGGCUUUGGAGAGAGAUCGUCGGAAAUCGAGCCCUAGACGAAGGUCUUUGAGUAAAGAGAGGGAGAGACACUCGCAUUCGAGGAGGCGGAGUACGAGUAGAGAUAGGGAGAGACAUUCAAGGCGGCGAAGUAGAAGCCGAGAUAGGUACGGGGAUAAGUAUAGGGAUAAGGGUAGGGAGAGGAGUGAUUCAGACAGGGACAGACGUCGUCGACGGAGUAGAAGCUCGUCGCGAGAGAGGAAGAGAUCGGACGACAAUAGAAGUAAAGGAGGGGAAAAACAGAAAGACCAUAAAGUUGAUAGAAGGAAGACUGAAAAUGUUGAUUAUUCAAGAUUAAUCGAAGGAUAUGACAAGAUGUCUCCAGCUGAAAGAGUCAAAGCAAAGAUGAAACUACAACUUGCUGAAACUGCUAGAUUGGAUGAUACAAAAGGCACAGGCCCAGGUUGGGAAAGGUUCGAGUUCGAUAAGGAUGCUCCACUUGAUGAUGAAGAAAUUGAAGCUGCAGAAGAUGAUGCAACAUUAGUAAAGCAUAUUGGACAAAGCUUUCGAUUCUCUGCUAUUGAGGCUAGAAAAGAAGAGCAAAUCAAAGCUGCUCACGACGAGGCCAUGUUUGGAGCACCAGUGGGACAACUAUUAAGUACAACCGAUAACGAGGUCGAGCUGGAGAACGAAAAGUCCAAGGAAUCAAGUGAUGGCGGUGUGGCAACAAAUCUAUUGAGUGAGAAGAUAAUUGCAAAACAACAAGGUUCUUGGCGUGACCGUGCUCGUAAAGGUUCCUAAACUGCAUCAAAAAUGUAUUGCCAAUUGCUGAUGAUGAUAGUCGGUAAGAACUACACCAAGGAACUGCAAUGGCCAUCUUGAUUCACCAAUUACUUUACUCGCAAUGGGUCUUUGGCUCCUGAUAAUUACAGACACCCAGAACAUCAGUAUCAAGUCUGCCCGUAUCCAACGUUGGAAAAGUGUACUUUUUGUAGUAAGUUUUAAAAGAUGAAUUUUUUUAGUUCAUCCUGUAACUUUUGAUCGAGAUCGAGAGUAUCUACUUUGUGUCAUUUGUGAUAUGCUCGUAUUAGCAAAUAAAUGAUAUUAGUUCUAGUAGACUUUAUAUCGG